AUGUCAUCUAAAAAUAGCAGGCUAAACAUCGACGCUGCACUAAUUUCGAACCACAAAGUCUCACAAACGCAAGAGAAGCUGAUUCAACUACAAAAUGGUUGCAUAUGCUGCACACUCCGGGGUGAUCUGCUCGCUGAAUUAGCCCAUUUGGCUCGCUCGCCGGGUAUGGUGGACUAUGUCCUUAUUGAGAGCACCGGGAUCAGUGAGCCGAUGCAAGUUGCCGAGACCUUUACGUCGGAGUUUACGGCUGCCAUGAUGGAGCUUGAUCCAGAGCAGAUGGAUAGUACUGGGCAGGAGGAAAGGAGAAUACUGGAAGAGGUAGCGGAACUAGGAGGUCUGCAAAAGCUCGCCAAACUCGAUACGACCGUCACAGUCAUCGAUGCUUUCAAUCUCUUCUCCAACUUUCAUACCGCUGAGUUUCUGUCAGACCGGUACGGAUCCGCAGAGAUUGCCCCAGAAGAUGAACGGACAAUUUCAGACUUGAUGGUUGACCAAAUUGAGUUUGCCGAUGUGCUUAUCGUGAAUAAGAUUGACAGCGUUGAUGCAUCAGUGCGUCAAAGGAUUCGAGAGCUGGUCAAAUUACUCAAUCCGGACGCCAAAGUCAUCGAGACGAGUUACUCGAGAGUGAAUGUCGCAGAUAUUGUGCAGACUGGUAAAUUUGAUUUUAUCAAGGCCGCAUCUGGUGCUGGAUGGCUGAGGAGUCUUCAUGAGAUGAUGAUGAUGAAUACUGCGGAUGGGAAGAAAAGACUUGCCCCUAAGCCGGAGACACUUGAAUACGGCAUAAACAAUUUUGUUUACUCAGCAAGACGGCCUUUUCACUCGCGUCGUCUUUUUGCUCUCCUCCAGGACAAGUUUAUUAUACUCCAAGGUCGCGAGAACGAGGAGGCCGACGACGCUGACGACACUGACGAAAAUGGCGACGAAGACCAGGAAAUGGACGAAGCAGAAGAUGAACAGGACAAAGCAUCUGAAGUCGCCGAUUUUGACCAACUCGAACCAUUGGUGAUUCUAGGAAAUAAAAAGUCUCACCCUGCUUUUGGCCCCGUACUUCGCUCCAAGGGUUUCUUCUGGCUUGCAACUCGAAGUUUACAGUUUGGUGAAUGGAGCCAAGCCGGUGGCAUCCUUACCGUCAGCUGUGGCGGUGUUUGGUUCUCGGAGCUUCCCCGUGAGAUGUGGCCUGCCGAUAAGGACAUCGUUGAGUCGAUCGAGCGAGACUUUGAUGGUCAGUGGGGAGAUCGAAGGCAGGAGAUUGUGUUCAUCGGAGAAGGAAUAGAUCCACCCCAGAUUUCAUCAGCAUUGGAUGAGUGCUUACUAAAUGACAAAGAAAUGUGGCAGUGGGAAAGGAUUAUGAAGAAUCCAAAAAUGUCACCGUCGCAGAAGGAGGAGGCUUUGAGUGAAUUGUGGGAGGAUGGGUGGGAGGAAUGGCCUGAUGUGGAUGUUAUUGAUGUCGAUGAUAAUGAAAUUGAGGAUAAGAUGCAAGAUGAUGUUCAGAUUGAUGCUGGCAACCGACAGAAUCGUCAAGCAAGCCAUUAUUUGGGCAGUGGGCACAAGCAUAACGGUCAUCAUCAUGCACAUUCUCAUCCCAUCCGAGCUUGA